AUGGUCCUCAAUAUGCUGUGUGCAAAACCAAUGACAAGAGCAAAGUAUUUUUGUGCUGCUGGCUGUGAUGAUGAUGACUUUCGCCAUUAUGCUCUAAACAUUCCUCUGUACACACAUUUUACUAGUCCUAUUCGACGGUAUGCUGAUAUUAUGGUGCACAGACUGUUAUCAGCAAGCUUAAAUUAUGAAGAAGUACCUAAAUGGGAAGUUCAUAAAGUACAAAAGAUAGCUGCACAAUGUAAUAAACAAAAAUACAAUGCUAAAAGAGCAAGUGAAUUAUCAACAGAGCUUUACACAUUAAAAUAUAUCGAGAUGAAUUCUCCACUCAUCACAGAAGCAGUUGUUGUUGAAGUUAGAGAAAAAUAUAUUGAUGUCACCAUAGUUGCUAUGGGUUUAAACAGAAGAAUUUUUUUUAAUAAUGACUUCCCCGGAGAACACAAAUGUAUUAAGAAUGAUGCUGGUUUGAAGCUCUCCAAAAUGGAAUUAUUGUGGAAAGCAAAAGAUUUACCUGAUAUAAAACAAGUUAUAGAAGUAUUUUCAAUAGUAAAAGUAGAGUUAAAUAGAGAUGAAGAUAUGAUAAAGGUAGAGACUAAAUUAGUAAAACCUAUU